AUGGCUUCUUCUUCUAUACCGGCGGGCUACAAAUUCCACCCCUCCGACGAAGACGUCGUCAGGUUCUACCUCCGCCCCAAGGCUACCGGACAGCCUUUGCCCUACCCGGAUAUUAUAGUUGAAUUCGAUCUCUACGGUGAGAAAGAGCCUUCUGAGAUAUGGGACAUGUUCGGGGGUCCCUCCAUCGACGAGACCGAGGAUCUCUUCUUCUUCACCAAAUUGAAGCGGUUGAGUCGUUCACGUGUCAAUCGGAGCGUCGGCUCCGGGGGAACUUGGAGCAACGAGUCGUCUAAGACCAUAUACGCUCGUGGGACGAGAAUCCCGAUUGCCAAGAAGAGGAACUUCCGGUACGAGAACCCCGGGUCGCCCCAAGAUGGUGCCUGGCUCAUGAGGGAGUACAGCCUGCCGAUGAAGACUCAACCCGAUGUGGGUUCGUCUUCUUCGUCUUCCUACGUGGUCUGCCGCCUCAGCAAGAACGAUCGGCCUAAAGCGAAAGUCGUCAGAGAAGAAGAAGAAGAUGAUGAUGAAGAAGAGGCCCCAGCCAAGAAAGAGAAGAUGAAGUCGUUGAUCAAUCUUCACAAAAGGAAAAUAGAUCAAGAGAGAUAG